AUGUCUGCUUUGAGAGCUUUCAUGAUUUAUGAUUACUAAAGAAGUUUUUUCUUUCUAUUCAUAAGAAGAGGUUUUUUUGUUUCUCCUAAAUGGAAUGGUUGUAGAAAAGAAUUAGAAAAUAAAUUUUAAGAAAUGGCCAAAUAGCCUAAAGAACAAUUUGAGCUAACUUCAGAUUAUGGAAAUUUUAAAUGCAAAUAUGAUUAAAAGAAUAGUAAAAUGUUUAGAUUAAUUAAGAAUGUUAUUUCAUUCUAAUAAGUAGCAUAGAAGUUAAAGAGGAUUAUCAAAAUUAAGUAUUGGAUGAAAUUUAUGAAAUGAUUCAGAAGGUUCCUAAUUAUUCAAAAGUAUAAUGUAUUAUUAUAUUAGAUAAAAAAAGAGGAAUUUGAAUAAAAAGAAACUGAAACGAUCAAGAAACUGCUUGAUUAAAAAGAAUUAAUUUAUACUGAAAAAAAUGGUUAAGUAAAAGCUUUUUAAGAGCCUUAUGAAUCUAAAACAGAAGGAUAAAUAUAAUUAUAAGUAAUAUAGAUGUUCUUAAUUGUAGAGUAACAUAUAAUUAUAACAAAAUAUUGGAUCUUAAAUUAUAACUUAAUAAAAUCAACGAGCUGUUUUUGAAUUAUAAAAUACUUCUGCUAUAUAUAAAUAAAGUCAUGGAUGCAUUUCUGAUAAAGAUUUAAGUUCUGAUACUCUAGUUAAGAUAUUUAGAUGUUUCAUGAUGUGGGAUUACAAUAGACAAUUCUUUUUUAUGUUUAUAAGAAAAGGGUUUCCAAUUGAUAAAACUUGGAACUAAGAAAGAGUAAAAUUAGAAAAAGAACUUUAAGCUAAAUAAUUGGAUCCAAAUGAUCCUAAAGCUAAACCAAAAGAACCUCCAGAAUAAUUUAGUUAUAGAGGAAGUUUUGGUUAAUACAAAGCUAAAUAUGAUAAAAAAACAAGUAUUGAAUUUUAUUAUAUUUUAGAAUGCUACUUUAUCUUGUUAUCUAGAUUCAAAACUAAAGAAGAACCUUAAUUAAAACUUUUAGAUGCUUUAUAUGAUGAAAUAUAAAAAGUAGACAAAUAUAUUUCAGUAAAAUUUACUUAUAAUUCUAGAUAAAAUAUGAUAUUUUGGAAGGUAAGAAAAAAUAAGAAUUAGAAAAAAUCAUUGACGAUCAUGAAAAGGAAUUAUAAAAUUAAGUAAGUCAAAGAUUUAUAGAUACAAAAAUUAUGGAAUCAAAAUUAGGCUUGCUACCAUCAAAUUAAUAAAAAAAUUAAAUGGAUAAUGGUAGUGAAUCACCUUAAAAUGGAAGAGCAUCAAACAAUAAUCUUUAAUCAAAUUCAAUUUUUAUUUCAAAUUAAUAAACUCAUUAAUAAUAAUCCUAAAUCAACGCACCAAUUUUAUUACAAUAAAAAUCAUUAAAUUAUUAAUAGUAACAAUAACAGUAAUAAUAAUUGAAUGAAAAAGGUAUAGAUAAUUUGUUAAAAUAAGAAAAUUAAGAAAUUUAAGAAAAUGCUGAUCUUAAUUCUAAUUUAAAUCAUGAUGAUAAUAUUCCUGAUUGCACAGAUGAAGGAUAAUUGGUAGAAAGAAUUAAAUUGUAUUCUACCAAACCAUUAAAUGUUACUUAAUACAUUUAAUCUGGCAAUUGA